AUGGGGACCGAGACAAAAACUCGAACGAGGGACUGCUCCUGGUUAGCAGUUAAUUUAGCUCUGCUGAUGUUUUUUGGAAAGCAGGCUUGGGCUCAGAUACGGUAUUCUAUUCCAGAGGAGGUUACAGACGGAACUAUUGUUGGAAAUGUUGCGAAAGAUCUUGGGCUUGACAUCACCUCUUUGAUUGAUCGACGGUUCCGUGUUGUUUCUGGAUCUAAGGAUGCCAUUUUUGAGGUAAACCAGAAUAAUGGGGUAUUGUACGUCCAUAAUCACAUUGACAGAGAGGAGCUCUGUCAGAGCAGCGGGGCUUGUCUAAUGGAGCUAAAAAUCCUCGUUGAAAACCCUUUGGAAAUACACUACGUAGUUGUAGAAAUCACUGAUGUAAACGAUCACUCUCCAAAUUUUCCUGAAAAAGAACAGACAUUCGAAAUAGCUGAACAUACAUUGCCAGGAAAGCGAUUCCAACUGCACACAGCUCGAGAUCCCGAUGCUGGAAUUAACUCUAUUCGUACAUACACUUUAACGUCAAAUGAACAUUUUGAAGUAAAUAUUCGUCAAAGCGAUGCAAGUAAGAUACCAUUUUUAGUGCUGAAGAAAUCAUUAGACAGAGAACAAAAGGACAAACAUACGCUACUUGUCACAGCAGUUGAUGGAGGUAAACCUCAAAGAUCAGGAACAUUAAAUGUUUCCAUUAUUGUUCUUGACAGUAACGACAAUCGUCCGAUGUUCAGUCAGGAGAUGUAUCAGAUUGCAAUACCAGAAAAUAUUCCAGUCGGCACUUCAAUAUUUAAAAUGAAUGCGACGGAUCUCGAUGAAUACACAAAUGGGGAAGUUGAAUACAGUCUUGGAAAAACCUUGAUGCGGAAAGUAUAUGAUAUUUUUGAAUUGGACAAAUUAACUGGAGAAAUUAGAGUGAAAGGAGUAGUGGACUAUGAGGAAAACGACGUUUAUGAACUGGACGUUGAAGCAUCAGAUAAAGGAUCGCCUCCACUAACAGGUGAGUGUAGGGUCAUUAUAAAUAUUAAAGACGUCAACGAUAAUCCACCAGAGAUAGAAGUCACAUCACUGUCAAACACGGUGUCGGAAGACUCAAAGCCUGGCACUGUAAUUUCACUACUAAGUGUGACAGAUAAAGACUCCGGUAUGAAUGGAAAAAUUAUUUCACACAUAAUUAAUGAUGUACCGUUUGAAUUAAAGCCCUCUUAUAAGGAGAACACGUAUUCAGUUGUCACUAAAGAAGCUUUGGAUCGAGAAUUGAUGUCAGAUUAUGAAAUAAUAAUAAAAGCCACUGACUAUGGUGAGCCUCCCUUAACUGCUGUGAAAACCUUUGCCAUUCAGAUAUCAGAUGUAAAUGACAAUAGUCCACGUUUUGGCCAAAAGGCCAUGGAGUUUUAUCUUGUAGAAAAUAAUAUUGCUGGAGAGUCAGUAUUUUCUGUAAGCGCAACGGACAAUGAUAUGAAUGAUAAUGCAGUUAUUUCAUAUCAUAUUUUGAGAGAUGGAAGUAAAAAUAACAUAAUGUCUUUCCUAAAUAUAAAUCCCGAUAAUGGACACAUUUCAGCACUAAAAAGUUUCGACUAUGAAACUCUGAAAACGUUCCACUUCCAAGUUGUUGCCACAGAUUCUGGAAUUCCGUCACUAAGCAGCAACGUCACAGUGAACGUGUUCAUUCUGGAUCAGAACGACAACGCUCCAGUCAUCCUGUAUCCAGUCAGCUCCAACGGUUCUGCUGAAGGUGUGGAGGAGAUUCCCCGCAAUGUCAACGCAGGACACUUGGUGACUAAAGUCAGAGCCUAUGACGCUGAUAUAGGAUAUAACGGCUGGUUACUGUUUUCACUGCAGGAAGUUACUGACCACACUCUCUUUGGUUUGGACCGCUAUACAGGACAGAUCAGAACACUUCGCUCAUUCACAGAGACAGACGAGGCUGAGCAUAAACUGGUCAUACUGGUGAAAGACAAUGGCAACGUUUCACUCUCAGCAACAGCUACUGUGAUUGUCAAAGUUGUGGAGCCCAAAGAAGCUUUUGCAGCUUCCGAUGUUAAAAGUGCAACGAAAGUUGAUAACGAAGACAAUGUUACAUUUUACUUGAUGGUAACUUUGGGCUCAGUAUCUGUACUUUUUAUCAUCAGUAUCAUCGUGCUGAUUGCCAUGCAGUGCUCAAAAUCCACAGACUACACUUCUAAAUACCUACAAGAGACAAAUUAUGAUGGGACACUGUGUCACAGCAUCCAGUACAGAUCAGGAGACAAACGCUACAUGUUGGUCGGACCCAGAAUGAGUAUAGGAUCUACUAUAGUCCCAGGCAGCCAUGCCAAUACUCUGGUGCUCCCAGACAGGAGAUCUGCCACUACGGAGGUAAGACACGUUUAG